AUGGUCAAGGGCUGGAAUAGAUUUGCCGGGGAGGUGGCGGAGUCGCUGCGGCGCUGUGGCGGGCGGGGGGGCGGCGGCGCCGCGCCUGCGCCGGCGGGAGAGCGGCCGCUUCCUGCGCGGUGCCCAGCGCUGCUCGGCGCUGGCAUGGCGUUCCUGAUGGAGAUCAGGCGGGGGACGCAGAGUGCGCUGCUGGUUAUCCGCGCGGCGGCGGAGCUCCCCAGCGCGCCGGUGGAGGUUUCGGUGUGCGCGGAUUCUCUGGAAGUGAGGAGCGGCGGGAGCUGCGAUGCGGCGGCGCUGCCGGCAGGGGUCAGGCUGGCGCCGUCCUCGUGCCGCGGGCUGCGGCGCCUGCGCGGGGACGGGCUGCACCUGCGCGUGCGCCUGCGCCGCCCGCCGCCCGGCGCCGAUGUGGUUUUUACUUUGAGGGAAAGCCUGAAACCCAACAAGAAUUACAUCUUUUACUGUCAGUCCUGUGGUGACAUCGUAGUGAAAGACCGGAAAUUUCUCAGAGUUCUUCCUCUGCCGAGUGAAAACUGGAGUGAUUUAGUUGAAGAGUGGUGUUGUCACCCUGACCCCUUUGCCAGAAGCACUUUGCACCCUCAGCAUGCUGACUGUUUUGUUGGAGACAAUUUUUUUCUGUUGAAUUCAGAAGAUGAAUCACAUCUGCCUGCAUCUCCCGUGUGCUGCUCAGAGGCUGGACACCAUGUUUCACAUAGUGGCUCCAACUUGAAGUCAAAAGAAAAUACCAGAGUAAUUUGUAAGCGCUGCAAGACAAUGCUGGGAGAAACUGUUUCAUCAGAUACCAUUAAAUAUUAUGUCACUGAGGUGAUUAUUCAACCAGCUGAGGAAAGUUUCAGUCCAAUGCCAAGGUCUCAGUUUGUACAGAGCGUGGUUGCUCAGUGUCUUCUGGAAUUAUCAUCUGCUAAAAGCACAUUUAGAUUCACCAUAAAAGGAGAUCAUGGAAAAACCUAUAUUCUGAUAUGGCUUUUAAAUUCUGACACAUUGCUGGUAGAGUCUUUAGGAAGUUCCUCCUCCCACAGUGAUUUUGCACUGUUUGGAGAUAUCCUCACACCUACCUCUGGACCAGUGGGAACCUGGAAUGCUGUCAAAGUCCUUUACCAGCCAUGCAUUCAAUGCAGAAAUAAGGAGCUUGCUGAUGCAUGGGAAAAUGAUACAGGAGUUCAUCCUUUAAAGUUUCCAUCAGAAACAUGUUUGGAAUUACUGUUGGUACUGGGUUUGAGUACUGCAUCUCUGCCACCUUCACUUCGAUACAUGAACUCUUUUCAGGUUGCCUUUUUGAAGAUGUGAAGAACAAGAUACCUGUGUUGAAAACUAUUGUUAGAUUUAUUUUCAGCAGAAAUGUGUUCAGUUAACUUCCAGUGGUGGAACUUCUAGAACAAAAUCCCCAGGAAAUACAAAAGAAAAUGGGGUGGGGUGGGUGGGUGUAUUCUUCAUAUCUGACUGUGUUUCAAAACCAAAGACAGAGCUGUCUUUCGUAUCCAAUGCAUUCUUAGAUGUCAUUCUAAGAGUGACUUACCUGUCAGUCCUAUGACAUCCAGCUGGGGUGACUAUUAUGAUACCAAAGGUACUUCACUACCAGAAGGAAAUUCCAUGUGUAUCUUGUACUACCUUUACCAGUAUUUCAUAGGAAUGUGUAUAUCCUUAGAGAAGUUCACAACUGGUAGCAAAUAUUUUUAAAUGUCAUGGAUACUAAUGUGAGUUCUUUACCUUUCUUUGUUCUGGUGAAGUUAGAGGCCCAACUUUAAAACAUAAAAUCUGUUUUUUUGUAAAACUUAAGUGUUUAUCAUGUUUAUUGUUUCUGCAUUAAGGUUUGUUAAUGUAACAGAAUGUUUGUUUAGUUUUGAAGUGUGCAAACAGUUUACCUCUGAUUGAGAGUGAAGGAAGACAGUUUCUGCAUUCCUACACCAUAUGUAGAUUUAAAAAAAAUGAUAAUGUUUUGGAGAAUAAAGAUUUUAUGGUUAUUUGGAAUAAUUAUUAUUAUUAUUUCAAGGAAAGAUAACAUGCUGUUUACUCAUUAAGUGAUCCUAACCUUAGCAAGUGAGCCUACAAAGUGUUGGACUCCUCGCUUUUUUACACAUCCAAAGACAAGGAGCUGAGGCCUCACAGCACCCACUCUGGAUAUAAUUUUUCUGUUAUUAUUUUAGUUUUCAGUAUUGAAGGUUGAACAAAAUUAU